GCGAAUCAAGUGUAUGUGGAUGGUAUACCAUGGAAGCAGCUCAAGGGAUACGAUAUGACAGUGGCAAAGAAGUUCGAACAACGAGUUGCAAUGUGUCAAAAGAAAAGACAAGGUGCUUCGAACAGAUGCAUAAAACCGCCACCAUUUUGUGGUGAAGCAGAAACGAAAAUGACCAAAUUUGGAAGUAAUUGCAUUGUCUUGCAAGAUGAACUGUAUCGAGAUAAGAGAUUCAUCAGAAAGCUCACUCCAUCUGAAGAAGUGGAAUUAAUUGAGAUUACAAACGCUAUGCAAGGUUCAUCGGACGCAUUUGUAAGUUAA